UGAGAUUCCACCUGUGAGGUGGCUGAGUACUCACCUGCAACAGUAUCGGUGCUCAAAUAAGUGGGAUUACAACGGUCGUCUGGGAGUUCAAAAACUUUCAGCCUUUCAAGUUGCCAUUCUGACCCUCCCCUCCAUUUUCUCAGAAAUUAGAAACGAGUAAACCUUUCUGCUUGAGUCCUUUAGAAAAUGGUGAUGGGCAAGCCAUCAUAUGAGGAAUAUCGUCUCAAAAGACUGGAAGAAAAUAAGAAACGAAUGGAAGCCCUCAAUCUCCCCCGGCUCUCUCAAGCUCUCCGGAAAACCCCCUCUAACUCUUUGAAGCCCUCUCCGAUGAAAAAGGUGAAACUUCGUACGGCUCAGAAGCAAAUGGAAAUGGUUGUAGUGAGGCGCUCAAGUCGCGUCGCCAACAAGACUGCCCCUGUUUACAGUGAUGUUGAUCCUGUUCGCGUGGCGAUACCUAGAAGAGUUUUUAAAAGCAGGGAUUUGUCCAACCGCGUAUAUGCAUCAGAUGAAGCCAGAGCAGCGGCAAUAGAAAAAGCAGAAAAGUUGGAAUCAAGUUUAGAGUCUGAUUAUCCAAUUUUUAUCAAGUCCAUGCUUCAAUCGCAUGUCACUGGCGGAUUUUGGUUGGGCCUUCCUGUGUACUUCUGCAAGGAGAACCUUCCAAAGCGUGAUGAAGUUAUCACUUUGAUAGAUGAAGAUGAUAACGAGUAUCCAACAAUAUAUUUGGCCAGAAAAACAGGACUUAGUGGUGGAUGGAAAGGAUUUGCAGUCGCUCAUAACUUGGUAGAUGGGGAUGCCUUAAUUUUCCAGUUAGUUCAGCGCACAACAUUCAAGGUGUACAUUAUAAGGGUGAAUGGUUCUGAACAAAGGAAGAAUCUGCCACUGCCAAGCUCUGAGUCUUAGGGAGUUGUAUAUUGGACUCUGUCCAACCAAUUUAGGCAACAGACUGUGUUUAAUCGGUCCAUAUUCUUGCUUGAGUUUUGUCCAGCAUUUAUCCUGUGGGUCAGAAAAGUAGCCGCCCCGUGUUCACAGUUAUUGACUUAUCUAACAUUAAUAGAGGUUCUAAUCUAUAUUUUGUUGAUUUAGAUGUGCUGUAAUAUGUUCAUGAGAGACAAAUGAUUCAUCAAGUCCCAAUCACAUCAAUUUACAAGAGCCAAUGAGCUCAACAGUCUGGAGUCUGCUGCCGCUAAUUUUAUCCCCUAGUUUCUUUCA